CCAGGUUCAGCGCAUCACGGAGCAACAUGGAGGCGCCAUGCGCUAUCGGAUGGCGGCGUUCGCCUGGGCUAUAUAUGCAGCAAGUGAGGAGACCCACAGGGACCCCAUCGCCCCCGCCUCCAGGUGCAUACAACAACACUUGAGUCCUCACAGCAACAAUUACAACAACCAUGCCGUCUCUGGCCAUCUUCCUUGGCGCCUUUGCCUCGUUUGCAGGCUUCCUCUUCGGUUAUGAUACGGGUUAUAUCUCUGGUAUCAAGGUCAUGGGCCCGUUCAUCGAGACGUUCGGCGCGCUCGAGCACGGCGAGUGGGUCCUGCCCACAGCUACCUCUUCGCUAGUCACGUCUAUCCUCUCGGUCGGAACCCUCUUCGGUGCUCUCGCUGCGUCUACCAUUGCGGACAGGUUUGGCCGUCGCUGGGGUAUCAUCAUUUACAUUGUUCUCUUCUGCAUCGGCGUCGCCCUGCAGACCGCCUGCAAGAAUGUCGGCGGCUUCUCUGCCGGCCGUGUCUUUGCAGGCCUGGGAGUAGGCGGCACCAGUGUCAUCGUGCCAGUUUAUCAGGCAGAAUGUGCGCCACAGCACAUCCGCGGCCUGAUCAUCUCGGCCUACCAGUUCUUCAUCACCUUUGGACUCCUCCUCGCGGCCAUCGUCGUGUACGCCACCCACGGCCGCCCCGACGCUUCAUCCUACCAGAUCCCCAUUGCCAUCCAGUUCGUCUGGGCCGUUAUCAUUGCAGGCGGCACGGCCGUGCUCCCCGAAUCGCCCCGCUGGCUGGUCAUGGCAGGCAAGGACGACCAGGGUCGCCAGGCGCUCUCUCGCCUCCUUGGCGCCCCCAUCGACUCCGAAGCCGUCACCAACCACUACGCGGAGAUCAAGGCCAACCUCGACCACGAGCGUCUCAGCGGCAGCGGCGGAUGGCGCGACGUCCUCAAGAACGGCGAGACGAGGAACUUUGCUCGUAUUAUUACGGGAAUGGGUAUCCAGGCCUUCCAGCAGCUAUCGGGAAUCAACUUUAUCAUCUACUACGGUACCCAGUUCUUCGAGUCCUCGGGCAUCACCAACCCCUUCGUCAUUGCUAUCGCUGUCAACACUGUGUUCACCGGCAUGACUGUGGUCGGCAUGCUCACCUUUGACCGCAUCGGUCGUCGCCCGCUCAUGGUCUGGGGUGCCGUCGGAAUGGGCGUUGCCCAAAUUAUCGUCGCCGCGGUCGGUGUGGCACACCACAAUUCCGACGACAAGGUCGUCCAGAAGGUCAUGGUCGCCUUCGUGUGCAUCUACAUCUCGAUCUUCGCAUUCUCUUGGGGUCCCGGAGGCUGGGUUUGCACGGCUGAGAUGUACCCAUUCGCUCUCCGUGCGAAGGGCAUGAGUCUCUCGACGAGCACCAACUGGCUCUUCAACUUCUGCAUUGGCUACGCCACGCCCUACCUCGUCGACAGCGGCCCCGGAAACGCCGGUCUCCACACCAACGUCUUCUGGAUCUGGGGCGGCGCGUGCAUCGUCGCUGCGGCAUUCUCCUACUUCUUCGUUUACGAGACCGCGCGCCUGUCGCUCGAGCAGAUCGACAUCCUCAUGCGCAAGUCGUCGGCCAUCAAGUCCAAGUCGUACGGCAAGUUCAUCCUCGACAACGAUGUGCACGACGAUGAGAUGGAGCAGUACACGAACCGUCCCGUGGCCAAGGCUGGCGCCGCGGAGAAGGCGAGCCACGAGGAGAUCGAGGGUGUCAACGAGGUGGCGAAGUAAAGUGGUUAUGGGGACCGGGGCAACGCCACAAGCCUGAGACAUGCACAGCUCAGCGCCGAGUAUGCUUGACAAGCCCAUAGUGUUAGCCCUGUAUGCUUGAGAGUGUAGUGGCCGUAACGGGAUGGAUUGGUG